AUGGCUGAGGUAGAGGAUUCUGGUGCCAAGGCCGCUCUGCCGCCCUUUGAGCCUUUUUCUCCGGGCUCUGCUGAGUCUGGAGAAGGUGAUGUGCGGCUUAAAGUCCGCUUAGCACGAGUCCAAAUGGAGUCGCGUGAACGGGCAGAAGAUCGUCGGGCUGAUAUGGAGUUUCGACUUGAAGUUCGCCAACUCGAAAUUGAGGCGGAGACUCAGGUUAAGCUGCGUGAGCUUGAAUUGAGUGCAGCUAAAGUGACACCGGAUCCAGUUGUGCAACCCUUACAGCCAGCUGAUGUUUCGACGGGGGCUGGCUCGAUGGGGACCAAUUUUGAUUCGAGUUCUGUACCUAAGAGUGCUGGAUUUGUGAAACUGGUGGAUUCUGUUAAAGUCGAACGUAGUGAUAAGCCUGAUUCUAGCUAUGCACCUUUUCUGAUGGAAGGAUUCCCGGAGGCAAUUCCAUUGAGGAAGAUUACAGUACCUGUUGUAACUAGAGCACUGGUGAAGUUUUUUUCUACGUUUGGUUUACCGAAAAUUGUGCAGACAGAUCAAGGCACUAAUUUUCUUUCGAAGAUCUUUUCUCAGGUGUUGUCCAGUUUAAAUAUUUCCCACAGGGUCGCAAGUGCCUAUCAUGCUCAAAGCCAGGGGGCACUUGAGCGUUUCCACCAAACGCUGAAGGCAAUGCUCAGAAAGUACUGCAUGGAUACGGGUAAGGAAUGGGAUGAGGGUGUACCGUUACUUUUGUUUGCGAUCAGAGAAGCAGUUCAGGAAAGCCUUGGAUUCAGUCCUGCUGAAUUGGUAUUCGGACACACUGUCAGAGGACCCUUGAAAAUGCUCAAGGAGAAUCUUUUGUCUUUAGAGACUAAUCCUAAAGUGAAUGUGAUAGAUUAUGUGAUCAAGUUCCGUGAACGCUUGCAUAAAGCUUGUUCAGUGGCAAGGGAGUCACUUGAAGUUGCUCAGAAAAAAAUGAAGUGUCGCUAUGAUCGUAAAUCUGUACAGCGUACCUUUAACAAGGGCGAUCAGGUGUUGGUGUUGCUGCCUAUGGUAGGGUCUGCUUUAUCCGCACGAUUUUCUGGACCGUAUGAGGUGGUGAGAAAAAUCAGUAAUACAGAUUACGUUAUCGGAACUCCUGAUAGGAAGAGGAAGACUCGUGUGUGUCAUGUGAAUAUGUUAAAGACUUUUCACAACAGAGAAACUGUCCAGAAUGUGUUACUUUCAGAUGAAAUUACUGUCCCUGUGUCAUCUCCUGUUUUAGUAGCUUGCACGGCUGUAGAAAUGACUGAUCCUGAGGACGAUGGAGUAAUCUUACGUCACACUUACCAGCAAUGUGCUCGACUUACGAAUUCUGAGGUAUUAACUAAUUUUGCAUUUCGAGUGUCUCAUUUAACUGAACAACAAGGAUGUGAUAUUAUGCAAUUGGUUAAUGAAUUUCCAACUUUGUUUAACGACGUACCUUCUCGUACUACAGUGUUAGAGCAUGAUAUUGAUGUGGAUGGUGCUGCUCCGAUCAAACAACAUGCGUAUCGCGUGAAUACAGCAAAAAGAGCUCUGAUGCGGAAUGAAGUUGAGUAUCUGUUAGAGCAUGGAUUUGCUCAGUCCAGUUAUAGUCCCUGGAGUUCUCCGUGCUUAUUAGUGCCAAAGAGCGAUGGUACUGCACGAUUUUGCACUGACUAUCGAAAAGUAAAUGCCGUAACUGUACCGGAUUGUUUUCCACUGCCGCGCAUGGAAGAUUGUGUUGAUAACCUUGGUUCAGCUUGUUAUGUCAGUAAAUUAGAUCUGUUAAAAGGUUACUGGCAAGUUCCUCUUACGUCUCGUGCUUCUGACAUCUCCGCAUUUGUAACACCUGAUAGUUUCCUUCAGUACUCCGUGAUGGCUUUCGGCAUGCGCAACGCACCAGCCACUUUUCAACGACUCAUCAAUAUUGUGUUGGCUGGGGUGCCUAAGUGUAAUGCAUAUCUAGAUGACCUAGUGGUUUACUCUACUGACUGGUCAGAACAUGUGUUUUCACUGCGAACUGUUUUUGAGUGUCUUGAGAAAGCAUCGCUGACCUUAAAUCUAGCUAAAUGUGAAUUUGGGCAGGCCACUAUCACAUAUCUUGGGAAGGAAGUCGGUCAAGGUCAAGUGCGCCCAGUAGAAGCAAAAGUUACUGCUAUAGUCGAGUUCCCUGUUCCCACCACCCGACGUGAACUCCGUCGAUUUUUAGGGAUGGCUGGCUAUUAUCGUGGUUUCUGCAAAAACUUUUCAACGAUUGCGCACCCGCUGACUUCACUUCUUAGUCCAUCCCGAAAGUUUUUAUGGUCUGAUGAAUGUCAGUAUGCUUUCAACUUGAUCAAAGGUCUUCUUUGUAAUGCACCCGUUUUAGCUGCACCAGACUGUGAUUCUGCUUUUAAACUCGAUGUAGACGCAAGUGCCGUUGGUGCUGGAGCUGUGUUAAUUCAGGAAGGUUGCUGUGAUUGGCCGAGUUGGACGUCAGUCAUCAUCAAGGCGCCGCUUCAGAGCCAAUCGGAGGCUGCCCAGCUGGUUAAAACGGGUUAUGUGUUCAUUCAUGCUUUCUCUCCGGAGCACACUGUGAACUCCUCUGUGAAUUACUGCAGGACACACCAUAUUGACCUGGCCACCGUUCAGAGUAAUGAAAACUGGACGCGUCUGCAAGAAGCCGCAGAUGAAAAACAGUUUUCUGGCUUUGCCUGGAUCGGACUGUACAACGAUAUCAACAGCUGGCGCUGGUCCUAUAACGAGGAGAGUCUGGUGUUCAAGAACUGGGGACUUGGUCAGCCAGAUAACUACGGUUUGGGAGAGGAGUGUGUUGCGAUAUUUGAUAAUGGAGCCUGGUUUGAUUUCUACUGCAGCGACUCAAGAUAUUUUGUGUGCUAUGACGUUAAAGCAGACGCUGAUCAAUCAGGACGUCUCUAUGACAUGGAGGACACAACCCAGCGGGAAAGUCUUCCAGAAGAAGUGGACUAUACCGAAACGUACUAA